AGCUAAUACUUGUUGAAUGCUGCCGGGUACCAAGGACGUCACGUGUGUUCUCACUUGCACCACACACGGCCUGUGUGGGAAGAGAAAUGACUGGGCGGGCCAGAGCAAGAGCGAGAGGAAGGGCUCGUGGCCAGGAGACGGCGCAGCACGUGGGGGCCACUGCCAGUCAGCCCCCUGGCUUCGUCCCGCCUCGGCUUCAGCAGCCGGCAGCAGAGGGGGAAUUAGUUGGCCGUGGACGACAGAGAGGAGCAGGCGGAGCGCCAGCCAAGUCACAAGAGCUCCAGAUAUCUGCUGGGUUUCAGGAAUUAUCAUUAGCAGAGAGAGGAGGUCGUCGUAGAGACUUUCAUGAUCUCGGUGUUAACACAAGACAGAACCUAGACCAUGUUAGAGAAUCAAAAACAGGGUCUUCAGGCAUCAUAGUAAGGCUGAGCACGAACCAUUUUCGACUGACGUCCCGUCCCCAGUGGGCCUUGUACCAGUACCACAUUGACUAUAACCCGCUGAUGGAGGCCAGGAGACUCCGCUCAGCUCUUCUGUUUCAGCAUGAAGAUUUAAUUGGAAGGUGUCAUGCUUUUGAUGGAACAAUAUUAUUUUUACCUAAAAGACUACAGCACAAGGUUACCGAGGUGUUUAGUCAGACCCGAAAUGGAGAGCAUGUGAGGAUAACGAUCACCCUAACGAAUGAGCUCCCACCUACAUCACCAACUUGUUUGCAGUUCUAUAAUAUUAUUUUCAGGAGGCUCUUGAAGAUCAUGAAUUUACAACAAAUUGGACGGAAUUAUUAUAACCCAAGUGACCCAAUUGAUAUUCCAAAUCAUAGGUUGGUGAUUUGGCCUGGCUUCACCACCUCUAUUCUUCAGUAUGAAAAUAACAUCAUGCUCUGCACUGACGUCAGUCAUAAAGUCCUUCGGAGUGAGACCGUGUUAGAUUUCAUGUUCAACCUCUACCAUCAGACAGAAGAACAUAAAUUUCAAGAACAAGUUUCUAAAGAACUGAUAGGUUUAAUUGUUCUUACCAAGUAUAACAAUAAAACGUACAGAGUAGAUGAUAUUGACUGGGACCAGAAUCCAAAGAGCACCUUUAAGAAGGCAGAUGGCUCCGAAGUCAGUUUCCUAGAGUACUACAGGAAGCAAUACAACCAAGAAAUCACCGACUUGAAGCAGCCUGUUUUGGUCAGUCAGCCCAAGAGGAGGCGAGGGCCUGGGGGCACCCUGCCCGGGCCCGCAAUGCUCAUCCCCGAGCUCUGCUAUCUCACAGGUCUAACUGAUAAGAUGCGUAAUGACUUUAAUGUGAUGAAGGACCUAGCCGUUCACACGAGACUGACUCCGGAACAAAGGCAGCGUGAAGUGGGAAGGCUCAUUGACUACAUUCAUAAAGAUGAUAAUGUUCAGAGGGAGCUUCGAGACUGGGGUUUGAGCUUUGACUCCAACUUACUGUCCUUCUCGGGAAGAAUUUUGCAAGCAGAAAAGAUUCACCAAGGUGGAAAAACAUUUGAUUACAAUCCACAGUUUGCAGAUUGGUCAAAAGAGACAAGAGGCGCGCCGUUAAUUAGUGUUAAGCCGCUGGAUAACUGGCUGUUGAUCUAUACUCGGAGAAAUUAUGAAGCAGCCAAUUCGUUGAUACAGAAUCUAUUUAAAGUCACACCAGCCAUGGGCAUACAAAUGAAAAAAGCAAUAAUGAUUGAAGUGGAUGACAGAACAGAAGCCUACCUGAGGGUCUUACAGCAGAAGGUUACAUCAGACACCCAGAUAGUUGUUUGUCUAUUGUCGAGUAAUCGGAAAGACAAAUACGAUGCUAUAAAAAAAUACUUGUGUACAGAUUGCCCUACUCCAAGUCAGUGUGUGGUGGCCCGGACCCUCAGCAAGCAGCAGACGGUCAUGGCCAUUGCUACCAAAAUCGCCCUGCAGAUGAAUUGCAAGAUGGGAGGGGAGCUUUGGAGGGUCGAUAUGCCCCUGAAGCUGGCGAUGAUAGUUGGCAUUGACUGUUACCAUGACACCACAGCUGGACGGAGGUCAAUUGCAGGAUUUGUUGCGAGCAUCAAUGAAGGGAUGACCCGCUGGUUCUCGCGCUGUGUGUUUCAAGAUCGAGGACAGGAGCUGGUAGAUGGGCUCAAAGUCUGCCUCCAAGCCGCCCUGAGGGCCUGGAAUAGCUGUAACGAGUACAUGCCCAGCCGGAUCGUCGUGUACCGGGACGGCGUCGGGGACGGCCAGCUCAAAACCCUGGUCAACUAUGAGGUGCCGCAGUUUCUGGACUGCCUCAAAUCUGUGGGCAGAGGUUACAACCCAAGACUAACAGUAAUCGUGGUGAAGAAACGAGUGAAUGCCCGGUUUUUUGCUCAGUCUGGAGGAAGACUUCAAAACCCACUUCCUGGAACAGUUAUUGACGUAGAAGUUACCAGACCAGAAUGGUAUGAUUUUUUUAUCGUGAGCCAGGCAGUGAGAAGCGGCAGCGUCUCCCCGACACACUACAACGUCAUCUACGACAACAGCGGCCUGAAGCCAGACCACAUACAGAGGCUGACGUACAAGCUGUGUCACGUCUAUUACAACUGGCCAGGUGUCAUCCGUGUCCCGGCGCCUUGCCAGUACGCCCACAAACUGGCCUUCCUCGUGGGCCAGAGCAUUCACAGAGAGCCCAACCUGUCCCUGUCCAAUCGCCUGUACUACCUCUAACCUCCGCCAGAGGGCGACACGCGGCCGUUUCUUCAGUUUGAAAUGGAACCUCAGGCUUUUUUUAAGCUUUUUAUUUGUUUUAGCUGUUAUCUUUCUAGAUGAAAGUUGAGAAAGGAAGUGGGAGACCUGGAGUCUUCUUUCUAGCAUUGCUACUUGACUGGCUUCUAGGUAAAAAUUAAAAUUUUACAUUUUAUCUUG